UACAGCACACAGCAACGAUAGCAUUUCGUAUGGAAAUCCUGUUGACCAUGUAAACAGCUGACGGAUAUAUAAUAUUUCCUUGUGCAAGUGAUUGUGUCGAAAGAAAUUAUAGUGCUACGUCCUUAGUUAUUUUUAUGGUACUGGAUAUGAAUAGACGAAGGCUUUAGAAGAAAAAUUGCGAAACCAUUAUUAUUGAAUCUUCAAAAUGCCGUCGCUCUUAGAAGCACUCGAGCGAAAGUAUGGUGCUAAGGGUGAGGUGAACCCUUCCAUUGACGACAUGCCUGUAGCUAUUUUUGUGCCUAAACGAUCUCCUAGACUGAGUGUGCCUACGCUUCUAGUACUCAACGAUUGUGAUAUAGAUUGCGCUGGAGAUGCAACUGUAUUGGCAGAUAAGUGCGCCGAUGUUGUUGAGCUUGAUCUCGCUAAUAAUAAGCUUACGGACUGGCAAGAGGUAUUUGCGAUUCUGGAGCAAGCGCCUCGUGUGAGGUUUCUGAACUUAAGCUUCAAUCGGCUGUCGGCUCAAAUCCAAGCGGCCCAGGCUCUUCAUCCACGUUGGGACAGUCUGAGCAAUCUCGUCUUGAACUCCACUUAUGUCGGAUGGCCCAGUGUACAUGGUCUGUUGAAAGCUCUACCGACUCUUGAAGAGCUGCACUUGAGUCUCAAUGAGUAUUCGUACGUGGACCUCACUGGGAAGGAGGUGAAUGAAAAGGACCGGUGCGAGGAAUGUUCACGCUUGAGAUGUGAACAGACUCAACCAGUUCAUCAACAGUUGAAGAAACUCCACUUCUCGGGAAACCCUGUCAGUAGCUGGAUAGAAAUUUCGAAAUUCGGAUAUGCCUUCCCUAAUUUGGAGACGCUUCUAGUUAAUGACUGCAAUUUAACAACGUUAGCGCCCGAUCCCUGUGAAAAAUGUGACGAUACCAAUGGGAAUAAGAAAAGUCACGAUGGCUUUCCCCGACUUCGUUUCCUGAAUCUUAAUAACACCGGACUGGCCACGUGGGAUGAAGUGGACAGACUUGCCAAAUUUCCAGCGUUAAGAAGUUUGAGAGUGCAGGGUUGGCCCCUCUGGGAGCGUGUAGAAUCUACGGAGCACGAACGAAGAUUACUUUUAGUAGCGAGGCUGCCACAUGUAAGAACCUUAAAUGGGGGUGGUGCUGUCCCACCAGAGGAGAGAGAUGCGGCGGAAAGAGCCUUCAUCAGAUAUUACAUGGAGAAACCGGAGGCUGACAGGCCGGAUCGAUAUUGGGAGUUAGUGGGUGUUCACGGUAAGCUCGACCCGUUGGUUUCCGUUGACCUGAGACCAGAAAAGCGAGUGCAAAUUACCUUUACGUGUGGAGACACCAGCGAAGUGAGGACUGUUGAUGUUUACAGAACUGUAGCGGAUUUAAAAACGCGAUUGGAACGUUUGGCUGGAUUCCCCGCUUCCAAGAUGAGAUUGUUCUAUGUUGACCAAGAACUGAGGGACUCACAGGGUCCGGAAGAAAUGAAAUAUCCGACGAAACAGCUAUAUUCGUACAACAUGUCUUCAGGGGACGAAAUAAUUAUAGACUCGAAAUUCAAGCACUCUAUAUCAUCUAAUUCUACUGCGUGAGGCCACUUACAAAUACUUAAAUAUAGGGACAAUAUUUUUAAGCUUGAAAGAAAUCCUUUUUGUGAAAAUUUAUUACAUCUGUUGAUACUUGACUUUCUAGAUGGUUUCCGAAUAAAUAAGUUAUCUUUAAAUAGUUAUCUGCACUGCUUUGUACUUUUUGUACUGAUUUUGAAAUAUCGAGACUAGAUUUGUUUUAUAAUCUGUGGAAAUACAAUUUUUGUUUAUAAGCAGUGCCAAAAUUCAUUGUUUUCGUCAUAUUGCUAAUACAAAAAAGUAUGUAUAUAUUACUAAUUAUAAUUGGAUUUAAUUGUGAGUUUAACUGUAUCAAUAUACAAUAACUGAAAAAUUAUAUUGCUUCUGGUUAAAAUUCUAGUCUACACUGAUUAUAAUUUGUCUUCAAAUUAUAGUGAUAAUAUACUAAAAUUAAAUCAUGAUAUAUUAUCUACUUACUAACAAAUUGUAGUUAACUGUAACAAUAUUUUGUUUGUCACAAAUCAGUUGUAAGUUUUCAUUACAAGCUUAGCUUGAUUAUUGAAGCACAAUUUUUUUUACUUUAAGAUAUAAUUCGCCCUAAAAGAUGAAGUCCCAAGCACAGUUAUUUUUUGAUGAUUAAGUAUUCGCUGUACACAAAGGAUACAAAUCUUAUGAACUUGUUUAUUGGGCCAUUAAGUUUUACACAAAAAGGUUCAUUCUUAUUGAAAUUCUAAAAUAAACAUUUACAUGAAGGGCAGAUUGUAUUAUGCCUCUAUAGUUUUCGCAAUGAAGCAUCUGUGAUAAUAAUUAUAAUUAAAAAUUAUCUACUUAAAUUGACCAUCAAGUUUAGGACACCAAAUUUUAAAUUGACUGGCUUUUCAUGUGAAAUGCUAAUGGGAUUAAUGUGCAUAUGCUGACUAAGUGAUACUAACUGCCAUUUUCAACAUAAUAUGAGCAUAGUACAUGUACGUACAUACUAAUAUAAAUGUGGUUACCGUUUUGUAUGCAUGAAUGUUUUAUACUGUUUUUAAUCUGUACUUGCCUUGUUUACUAGUACCUUCCAAUAAUUAGCUUUAGCCUAUACCUGCCACAUGAAAUUAGUUUAGGGCAGUAUUAUUUGACACAACCUGUGUCUCUGGAAUAAUGUUUUUUCUUUGUAGUGCUAGGACAUGAAACACUAUAUGAAAUAAAGUAAAAGGUAAAUAUA